AUGACCUCUCCUCUCCGUCCUCAGUUCUUCUGCACGCGUCCUAAUGGCACCGUGACUCCCCUGAUCGCCGUGGACGAGCUACCCUCGCACAUCUCCAUCCGCGGCGUCUCACGAGCCCUGUCCCCCAACGACACUCAAGGCAUGACCAGUCUGGGAACCGUCAACGCACGAAAUCAGAUCUACAUCGUUGAUGGCGUCCCAAAUGCUCCCAUGCGAGCUGCGGCUGGAAAUCCAGCUGCGGCUGUUGCUGGUGGUGCUGGUGCUCGUUCUCGAGACUAUGAGCUGCAGGCUUCGCUUGUGCGGAUUCUUUCUGACGAGAGUAUUCCUGCCAACCAGCGUUUGGCGUUGCAUUCUUCGAUUCAGCAGGCUUUGACUCCGCAGUGGGCGGCUGGCACUGCUGGGGCUUCGUCAGCUCAGACUGCGACUAUGGGUAAUUGGUUGGUUCCUGCUGGUGGUAGUGGUGGGAGAGCGGGAGGCCCUAAGCAGGGUCCCAAUCUUAACGUCAAAAAAGAAUACUGCUCCUAUUGGAUUCGUCAUGGGGAAUGUGAUUAUCAGCAGCAGGGCUGCCUCUACAAGCAUGAAAUGCCUACAGAUCCUUCUAUGCUGGAGAAACUCGGUCUUCGUGACAUCCCUCGUUGGUACCGUGAGAAACACGGCGUCCCCAGCAUCCUUCCUGGGGGUGCCAAUGCUCGUGCCAGUACCAAUAACAGCCAGAACUGGAGAGACGAUGCUGUAGACAGUGACAUGGUCAAGUCCAUCCAGUAUCCGGCUCGCCUGCGAUAUAACGGAACCACUACCCCUUCUUCGUCAGAUACAGAGAAGGCUCCCAAGCAGAAGCCGACCAGCUAUGUUCCUGCCCUCCAGCAGAACAAUGGAAACGAGACGAGCAUGUUUUCUGGGAACCCUCGCGCCAGCUAUCCUGCUAUGAAUCCGCCCAAGGCUCCUAGCUCCCAGAGACAUGGUUCAAGGAAUGUCGCCAGUCAGAGCAUGGGUGCGCCCGGUGCCAGGAAGAUUGAUCUUUUGUCUUUCGAUCCUCUUCCAGACUAUCCUUCUCUUGACGCUCUGCAUGGUGGCAUGAGUGGAGUGGCGUAUCCUGCUUCAAGCCCUGGUAACAACGCCAACAAUACCAACACCAAGACUCCCGACGAGGCUCACCGUGAAGGAAUGGUCCGCAACCUCCAGUCUCUCAUGCCAAACACCCCAGACUACCUCCCCACCCCCCUCGGCCCAAACCCGACCCAGCAACGCUCCAAGAAGACCCAGAAGGGCCGUCGUCUGUAUCAACCUCGUUCCCAGAUCGUCGUCCCCGGGGAAAACCAGGAAAUACGUGACCAAGCUUCUUUCAGAAACGCGCAUCAUGGUAACAGUACAUACUCCAGCGCUGCUUCUGUGGCUUCCAAGGGAACGAACGGAUCUCAGGUCACGAGCCCUAUCGGCGUCUUGGGAAGCUCUGAUCCUCCUACUCGUGUGGCCUCUCCAUCUACCCAUUCGCCGACCUCUUUGUCUUCCCAGUCGAGUCCUCAGGCGUUCUAUAAUAAGAACAAGGACAGGGCUGCGAACACAAAUUCUUCGGAAGAAGAUUUGUUUGAUUUCGGUGUUGAGUCUGCUAAUGGACAUGAUCAUGGAAAGUAG